CAUGCAGUUGAGCAAAAGUCUUCGCGCGAGCCACAGUGAUAAUCGUGUGCCCCAUUGAUUGGGUCAUAGCAUAUAGCACGUACGCCAAUAUCUCUCGAUUUAUCCCAUUACCCUGUCGCGUCUGCACCCUAUUAAAAAUUGAGGGUACAGCAAAUAUCGUUACAUAGAGAUAUUUAACGAGGAUCCUUUCGGGCCUUCGCAGCAGCUGUAGCAGCAAUAAUAAUCGAUCGUCGUAUUCGUGGCAAGUGUUGGCAAUCAUGGAGAGCAAGCCGAAAUUGUGCGAGGAGCCGACGUGGAAGAAGCUGCAGGAUUACUUCAACGCCAACGGCGCCAAGAUCAACAUAAGCAAGCUCUUCCAGGAGGAUCCGGCCCGUUUCGAUAAGCUUAACUUGCAGCUUGAGACCCCGCAAGAUGGGCCGAUUCUUCUCGAUUACUCCAAAAAUCGCAUCACACAAGAUGUCCUGGCGUUGCUGUUUCAAUUGGCGCGGGACCGUAAAAUCGAGCAGGCUCGUGACGCGAUGUUCACGGGACAGAAAAUCAACUUCACAGAAGGCAGAGCUGUGUUGCACACUGCACUGAGAAAUAGAGCCAAUACUCCUAUUAUGGUUGAUGGCAAAGAUGUCAUGCCAGAUGUCAAUGCUGUUUUAGCUCAUAUGAAGGAAUUCACAAAUCAGGUGGUAUCCAAAGAAUGGAAAGGUUUUACUGGAAAACCUAUUGAAGAUGUUGUAAAUAUUGGUAUUGGUGGUUCAGACUUGGGUCCUCUGAUGGUUACUGAGGCAUUGAAGCCAUAUCAUGUUGGUCCUAGAGUUCACUUCGUCAGUAAUAUUGAUGGAACUCACAUUGCAGAAACACUUAAAAAAGUGAAUCCAGAAACUGUUCUUUUCAUCAUUGCUUCAAAAACAUUUACAACCCAAGAAACAAUUACAAAUGCAACAUCAGCUAAAAAAUGGCUUUUAGAGCAUUUGAAAGAUGAAUCAGCUGUAGCUAAGCACUUUGUUGCUUUGUCUACCAACACUCCAAAAGUCAAAGAAUUUGGCAUCGAUGAGAAAAAUAUGUUUGGAUUCUGGGAUUGGGUUGGAGGAAGAUACUCUUUGUGGUCUGCUAUUGGUUUAUCUAUUUCAUUGACAAUUGGCUUUGACAAUUUUGAAAAAUUGUUAGAAGGUGCCUUUUAUUCUGAUCAACAUUUCCGUUCUGCUCCAUUGGAAAAAAAUGCUCCUGUAAUUUUAGCUCUUCUAGGAAUAUGGUAUCACAAUUUUUAUAAUGCUGAAACUCAUGCACUGCUCCCUUAUGAUCAAUAUUUGCAUAGAUUUGCUGCUUAUUUCCAACAAGGUGAUAUGGAAAGUAAUGGCAAAUACGUAACCAGAUCUGGGGAUGUGGUCAAUUAUUCCACUGGACCAAUUGUUUGGGGAGAACCUGGAACCAAUGGACAGCAUGCAUUUUAUCAAUUAAUACACCAAGGAACUAGACUGAUUCCUGCAGAUUUCAUUGCCCCUGCCCAAUCUCAUAAUAAGGUGCAAGGUGAUCUUCAUCACAAGAUUCUUUUGUCUAAUUUCUUGGCCCAAACUGAGGCUUUGAUGAAAGGCAAAAGCCCAGACCAAGCCAAAGAAGAACUAGAAAAAUCUGGACUUGGUGCUGAUCAAGUAAAAGCACUACUGCCACAUAAAGUGUUUGAGGGAAAUAGACCAACUAACAGCAUUCUGGUGAAAAAGCUCAGCCCCUUUACUUUAGGAGCACUAAUUGCAAUUUACGAGCACAAAAUUUUCGUACAAGGCAUUAUUUGGGACAUCAACUCAUUCGAUCAGUGGGGAGUGGAAUUGGGCAAGCAAUUAGCUAAAGCAAUUGAACCAGAACUUAAUAAUUCUGAUAAGAUUACAAGUCAUGAUUCAUCAACAAACGGAUUGAUUGCUUUUAUUAAGUCCAAUAGUACUUAAGAUUUUUAGAAUUCAUCUUUUCUUUUUAAAUAUUUUAAACAACACUCACAGACUUAAAAAACUAAAUAGUGGUCUAGAAAUGAAUUUUCUGUGAAUUUGAAAAAACGGCUGUAUUCAAAAUGUGUCUGAUUGAUUUGUUACUUUCAAAAGAUCCUGAAAUUUUCAAACAUUAUAAUUUUAGAGACUUUACGUAUGUGUGAUAUGAAUUGCAAUUUUUUUUAUUAAAUAUGGAAAAUUGGUUUUGAUGCAUUAAGGUAGUUGAAAAAACUUGUAUGCCUUACUAAAAUAUCAAAUUUGAAGAGUUUGAUCCUUUUUGUAGAUCAAAUAACAAAACAAAUGCUUCACCAAUUUUCUCUUACCAGAUUAUACAUAUUUGCAUGGAUUGUAAAAUAUUAUUGUUAGUUUUUACGUUGUGUGGAAUUUAUUUAUCAAAAUCACAAGAUGAAUGUUGUAAAUGAUCAGCGAUUUACCUGUUUUUUGAAUUCUUUUUGUAAUUUGUUACUUUGCAAAAAAAAAGAGAUGACCGUUACCCGAGAUAACGUCGAUGAGCAAUCUCGUUAUGUCUAUUAUAAAACAAUGUCAAUCGUGCGAUUAGACGAGAAAUCGUAGAUCAAUUAAUACUGAACAGAUUGAAGCAUUGUCGUUCGUUAUAAUGUUAAAGUUGAUGAUGAUAUACGUAUAUAAAUACAAAUUAUAUUGAAAAGAAAAA